AAUUGACAGAUACAAUUUUUGUUGCUGAUCUUGGCGAGAACCUUGGCUUUUGCAUGGGUGUUGUCUUAACUGCGUUUUCGACUGUUUGAUAGCUCUUCCCAUUGUUGUUAGGCAACAGCUAUCGAUCUGUUGGUUGGAAUUUGUAAUUUUUGGAUAUCAUGUCUAAAAGGAUUGCAAAAACCAGAAAAAGGCUGAGAACACAGGAAACCCAUAUUUCUACCACUUCGAGUGGUGCACAACUCUGUCAUGAAAAUGUUUGUUGCACUAAUACUAAGCAUAAGCAUCAAGCCAAAAAAAUUUCUGGAACCAGAGUUUCCAAUAGAGCUUUCAUAGUGCAGCAAGCUAGCACAAGUCAAACAACCAGAGAAGAGAUUUCAUUUGACAUUUCUGAUCAGAUGAAUAGGGGUCAAGCAUUUUAUCAGAGGAAGAGGCAAAGAAUGAUGGAACAGUAUGUGGAUUUGGGAGAUAAAAAUUAUAAGUGCAUUUAUUGUGGUGCACUUUUUUGGUUCAAAGAAUCUGUUAAAAAAGCAAAUGCAGCCAAUGAGCCUCUUUUUACUCUUUGUUGUCAACAAGGAAAGAUCAAACUUCCGAUUUCAAAGCCAACACCUCCUUUUUUAGAAAAUUUACUUGAUCCGAGUAAAGGCCCAAAAAGUUUGCUGUUUAGAGAGAAUAUCAGGGCCUAUAAUUCUAUGUUUGCAUUUACUUCAAUGGGAGCCAAAGUUGAUCACUCAAUUAACAGUGGACCAGGUCCUUACAUUUUUAAAAUUAGUGGUCAAGUUCAUCAUUUAAUGGGUUCUUUGUUACCCCUUGAAGGUGAAUGUCCAAAAUUUGCUCAGCUUUACAUAUAUGACACCCAUAAUGAAACAAUGAAUCGCCUUAAUGCUGUUAAUUGUAAAGAAAGGAAUGAAAAGCUUGAUGAAGACAUUGUUCAAGGUUUGAUUAAGAUGUUUGAUGAAUCAAAUGAAUUGGUAAAACUUUUUCGAACAGUCAGGGAUAAAUUCGAAAGGGGUUGUCUAACUUCUUUAAAACUGAGAUUGUUGGGCCGACAAGCAGAUGAUAGUAAACAAUAUGAACAACCGACAUGUGAUGAAAUUGGUGGUUUGGUUGUGGGAGAUAUAGGCCUUUUUUAUUCGAAUAGAGAUAUUGUUAUAGAGUUGAAAGCUGGAGA